GCCGGGUACCAUAUAAUGUGUUUUCUAACGUUGUGUGCAGGUACUCCUGGGUGUGGUCUGGUUCUUAUAAAGAGGGUUUCCUAAUGAGCUGCAGCAGACACUCUGAUCUCUGUCUUUACUCCAGCUGCAGCAUCUACUCCAGACUCUUCAACCAGAACUAAACAUGGACAGCAACUCUGGUUUGAUCAGAAACAAUGAGGAAAUGAGGAUAGUGAUGGUGGGGAAGACUGGGUCUGGGAAAAGUGCGACUGGAAACACCAUUCUGGGACGACAGUGCUUUGAGUCAGAGUCCAUGACUACCGACUGUUCCCAGGGCAAAGCUGAGGUGGACGGGCAACAGGUGGCUGUCAUCGACACCCCAGGCCUGUUAGACACCAGGUUUGACAAAGAUAGAACCACUAAAGAUCUAAGCCAGUGCAUCUCUAAUGCUGCUCCUGGACCCCAUGUGUUCCUGGUGGUCAUCCAGCUGGGCAGAUACACUCCAGAGGAAAAGCAGACAGUGCAAUGGAUUCAAGACAUCUUUGGACAGGCUGCAGACAGAUACAGCAUGGUCCUCUUCACUCAUGGAGACCUUCUUAAAGACACAACUAUUGAAGACUUCUUGAAGGGUUCCUCAGACCUGCAAGAACUCGUGACCAGAUGUAAUGGCCAGUACCAUGUCUUCAAUAAUAAGCUGAGGGAUGGCUCUCAGGUCACUGAGCUGCUCCAGAAGAUCAGAAGUCUGACCCAGAAGAACGGAGGAAGCCACUACACAAACCAGAUGUUCCAAGAGGCUGAGAGGACAAUCAAAGUGGAGACACAACGCCUCCUGAUAGGGAAAGAUGAGCAAAUACGCAAAGCUCAAGAGGAAAUAGAGAGAAAUCUUCAGGAACUAUAUAAAAAACAGAUAAAGAUAAUGAUUGAACAACUUGAAGCUGAGAGAGAGAGGCUGAGGAAAGAGAGAGAGGAGGAGAGGAAGAGGGAGAUGGAGGAAAGAGAAGAAGAGAGGAAGAGAGAUGAAGAGGAGUUUAAUAAAAAGAUAGAACAACUUCAGGCUGAGAGAGAGAGGGAGAGGAAAGAGAGAGAGGAGGAGAGGGAGAGGGAGAGGGAGGAAAGACAAGAAGAGAGGAAGAGAGAUGAAGAGGAGAUGAAUAAAAAGAUUGAACAACUUCAGGUUGAGAGAGAGAAGGAGAAGAAAGAGAGAAAGGAGGAGAGGGAGAGGGAGAGGGAGGAAAGACAAGAAGAGAGGAAGAGAGAUGAAGAGCGGAUAAAGAACGUUAUUGAACAACUCCAGGCUGAGAGAGAGAGGGAGAGGAUACAGAGAGAGGAGGAGAGGGAGAGGGAGAGGAAAGAGAGAGAGGAGGAG